AUGGCCAGGAUUCACGUGCUUCGAUAUGAAGAUAAAGCAGGAAUGCAAGGCUCAAGGUCACCAGAUCCCAAUGACAUUGCCAUUAGCUUGGAAGCAGCUAGAUUGGCCUUUCAGGAAAAUGUGGAUGCCAUUGCGCUCGCUGCACCAGAUCUAGACUUUUUAUACUUGGUCGACUUUUUGCAACGCCAUUCCUCCAUUCAAGUCUUGACGUUGUUUCCUCGUUUAUGCAGCCCCAGCGUUGCAUAUGCUUUCAAGCAGAAGAGCAAGGUGGAUUGGUUUAUGACUGGAUCCCAAGAGAAGGAAGAGACGCCACCAAAAAAGAAGAUGCUCUUGCAUCCAAACGGCAUCUCCACAAUCGCGGAUUUGCACCCAGAGGAGUUUGACAACGCAAAGGUCCAGCAAGAAGCAGUGGACACACUUCGAUCAACGCUGAUUGACCUGGAGUACCUGGAAGACCAGGAGCAACCGCUACUUCCAGCCAUGUGCAAAUUCGCUGCGAGCCACGCAUUGACGUUGACGGUGUGGCCAAAGCACCUGGCAAUUGCCCAACUUCUCAAGGUCUUGGAGGCUCCACCUUCCUGGAAAAGGAAUGACCACCACCUUGUUUUCGUGCUGCCCCGUGGCAAGCCAGCUGCUACGAAGAAGUGGCUCCAGGAAUGUGGCUCUUUAAAGGCUGUAGAGUACGUGAGGGGCGGUGGAGCUUUUCUAAAAAUGGAUGGCGCUGCACUCGUCCCAGAGGUCUUGCAGCAGCUUGGCUACUUAGAUGAAGAGAUGAAUAAGGAUUUAAGUGAAGCCAUUGAUGUUUUCGCCAACAUGAAAGACAACCACAAGGCGCUGCAGUUGCUCGACAUCUCGAUCAAACCAGAUUUCUCAGUGCACCGCAAGGUCGCAUUGGUGCAUUGUGCACUAGUGUCGCCUCGGGUUGUUGGAGAAUGGCAGACGGCACCUGGUGAUGAUCUUGCCCGACGCUACCUUGCCGCCAACGGCUACCUUCGGACCUCGUCAGCUCCGCGUGGGGAUGUCUUUGCUGCACUUCACAGCUUUAGUCAGCAGAUGCAGCUGCCAACGACCAGGACCUAUAAUGCUGCGGUGAAAGAGCUUAGCAACUGGCUGACAGCCGCUGAUUCGAGCCGCCGUCGAGCAAGAAAAAUACUUCCGCAGAACUUUCCGUAG